ACAACCAAUAAGACCUCCCAACGCGAGAGAGAGAGAGAGAGAGAGAGAGAGAGCCAUGGCAGAAGAAUUCCAGAGAGGGAUCUGUAGUAGUAGUAGCUGGUGGAGCACCGCAAGGACCAGCAGCUUCGAUGGCCCGAUGUUAUCGACAUCAGUCUCAUGCUCGACGGAGCUCACCGGCAUCGGUGGGAGCGUCAAUUGGGCGGUGCCUGCUGACAUGGUGGAGGUCAAGUCGAGGUCCUCCGACGAGUCACCAGGAUCAGUCUCAAACAGCUCUAUAACCUUCCAAGACACCCACAAACCCCAAGCCUCCGAUCAAUUGGUCGCUGACCCAAUAAUGGAUUCCACGUUACAAAUACCAGGUUUUGGCCUCUCCUCCCCAUCAAUCAAUUGGCAUCAACCUUUGUUCACAACUAGUGGAAGAUCUGAGACAAAUUUACAUGCCUUGCUCCAAGAGGGCAUGAACUCAAGACCCAAUCUUCAACAAGAACCGGCGAUCGAAUCCAAUCAAACUCAUAUGAAUGUUGAAAGUUCCUCAUUCAACCUUUUAAAGGACUUGAAUCAAGGGCUAAUGCAAGACAAACAUCACUAUAGCUCCAGCAUUAAUAGCUACCCACUCUUUCCGGCAUCGUUUGGAUUACCUCCAACGCUGCUACAAGGUCUCUUGGGGCCCGGAAUGAAACCUCAGCAGCCUUUUAACAAUCAGCAGAUGGAUUCUCCGAUGAGUUAUCAGGGUGGCUUGAACGAGUCGUUGCAAUCUCAAGUGGCUAAAUUGCCACAGUUCAAUAUGGCCUUGCCAAUGAAGCAGCAACUCCAUUUCGCCAACAAUACUCCCUUCUGGAAUCCCUCAGCUACUGCCACAACUGAAACAACCUCUAACCUUUACUCUUCGACACCAACUCAGAUAGCCCCACAUGCCUUCAAGGGAAAAACAAAUUGCAGUAAACUUUUGGUGAAGUCUAAUUCAGAGGGAGUUGGGGAUUCUAGCUCGAACGCAAUGAAGAAAAGUGGCAAUGAACCAGCAUUCAAGAAGCCAAGGAUAGAGACACCAUCUCCAUUGCCAACUUUUAAGGUCAGGAAAGAGAAGCUAGGGGACAGGGUCACUGCAUUACAGCAGCUGGUUUCGCCUUUUGGAAAGACCGAUACUGCAUCCGUUCUCCACGAGGCCAUUGAUUACAUCAAGUUUCUUCAUGAACAAGUUGGUGUUCUCAGUGCUCCAUAUUUGAAGAAUGGCCAUCAAAUCCAACACUCGCAGAAUUUGGAUAAAACAAGGGAUGGAGAAGGAUCAAAGCUCGACCUCAAAAGCCGAGGGCUUUGCCUUGUGCCGUUAUCCAGCACGUUUGCAGUGGCAAGCGAGACUCCAGUUGAUUUCUGGACUCCAACCUUUGGAGGAACAUAUCGGUAAGGUAAAAGCUAGCCUGUUGAGGAGGAACAACAGAGUAUUCUCUUCUAUAAAUAGCAUGCUGUUAACACAAAGGAAUGUAGGGAAUGAUAGAUUAGGAGAAGAAGGAUGUAGCCCAUAACUCCAUAUGACAUUUAGUGGUGAGGGAGAAAAGAGGAAGGAAAGCAAAAGGAGAUGGCCCAUUACAGACAAGGUAUGUUGGGACAGCUCUAAGGGGAAUGAUGUAAGGCUGGCCAUAGAGUUGAGAGCUCUGGAAGAGAAUAAUUCAGUGUUGUAUUAUAUUUAGUGGUGGGAUAUUGGAAUGGGAACAGGUGCCAAAUGUGGCAGGGAAUGUGGGAUUAGUUUAGGGUGUGGGGACAUUGUUGUCAAUUUCUGAGUUUAGCACCAGGGAGUGGACACAGGUGAAGAAGGGGCAGAGAAGUGGGUCUUGUUCCAGUAUGGUGUUUGUAUAUUGUAUAAACUUUAAAGGUUGCCACCACCUUUCUUUUUUAUAAAAAUAAUAACAUUAACAAGAAA